AGCAAAAUAAAGGCACCGUACGUCCCUCUGUCUCUCUGCAGACAGCUCCUCAACCAAGAACAAACUCUCAACAUACACAGAACAAACACUCCUGUCACAAACAUAUUAUUUGGGGUGAGGAAUUGUGUUGUGGACAGCUCACUGACCGUACCCAUGGCUCUACUGAAGUCAGGCUGGCUCUGGAGACAGACCUCUAUCCUAAAACACUGGAAGCUGAAUUGGUGUGACCUGUGGAUCGAUGGAACCCUGGCCUUCUACAAGACGGACAGUAGGCGAGAAUUUGAGCACCGAGUGGGCCUCAAGACCAGCUGUGUGAGCGUCAAGUCUGGCCUGGAGUGUGCAGGUCUCUCUCCCCCAGAGAACCACCCCAGGGAAAACCUGGUGGUGGUGCAGCUUGGAGACAGUACCACAGUGAUCCUGUGUGCCAACAGUGAGGACGAGGCACUAGCGUGGAAAUUGACAAUUCUAGAGGUGAGACGAAACCCAUUUGUGUAUGACCCAUAUAACGACUCCUACCCGUCCGUCCCAAUGGACGGCCACAACACCAUCUACCUGGCUCCUGGAUCAGGUACCCACCACAUACUGAUCCAGAGAGACCCAUACGAUGGCAUAGGAGAACAGGUGGCACUGGGGCUACUGGCGGGCAUGGCGGCAGGUGCUGCUAUGCGCUCCUUUCUCUGGAUGCCCUUCUUUUUCUGCUGAUAUAGAAGGCCUCUAUAAGCAGGGAGGCACGGCUGGGAAAUGCCCAGGCUCAUAUAUGUAGGAGUGCUGCUGUAGGCAUCACUCCUAAAAGUCUUCUUUCUUGUCAUACUUGAGUAAAAGUAAAGAUACCUUAAAAUAAAAGGGCUCAAGUAAAAGUGAAAGUC